AUGCAAAAUAAAGUAGUUGGUAUGGUGUUCGUAUUGACCAUUUUCACGUUAUGUCUGAUGGUUAAACAAAUAAAUGCCGGUGAUAUAAGCAUAGAAUGUACACAAAAAUGUAUUAAAUAUUGGGAAUGUCGAUUAAAAGGAUUGUUCAUAUUUGGUGAUUGCGAUGAUAGUGGUUGUGACUGCAGUAAAUUUGCUUGGCAAUCAAAACGUUAUUUAGAUGCAUAUGCUAAUGUUCGUAGCAAUAAACGAUAUUUUCAUCAAGACAAAGAAUAA